AAAAAAGAACGAUUUUGUAACCGCCAACAGAAAAAACUCAAUCAGUGCAAAUUAGAAGAAAUUAAGAAUCCUUUGAGGAUUUUCUAAAACAAAUCAAAUUUUCAGUGUUAAACCCCGUAACAAACAAACAAAAUAUGAGCAACAGAGACAACACAUUCUCAUUUCCCUAGCAUAGAACUUUCUUCCAACUGGUGUCAUAGAAAGGAAUUUUCCCCACUUCGUCAUCGCAUGCCCACCUUGAUUGGUUAAUUCCUUUCUUCAAGCUCCUCACCUGGCGGCAAUUUCACCAAUUUGACUUCCUGGGGAUAUGCCUCACCCCUUCUGUCUGAAGAUCUCAGCCCCUUCGAAAUGUUGACCUCUGCUGAUAUUGAACACGGCAAAGUUGAAUACGACGAAAAGACCGGCGUCAAGGUUGAAUAUUUCAAAAUCGAUGGUGGCUAUCAGGUCAAGACCACCACUCCCCAACCUGGCGGUGGCUGGAAGGCUUCCACUCAGACCUUCUACGAUCCCAAGCCGGUGACCGAAGAGGAGAUGAAAAAACAAAUGGAGGCCAAGAAAACCGUUAUGAAACGCAUGAACAAGGAGAUUCGCAUUGAUGAGAGAACCACCAUGUUGACCCGUGCCAUCGAAGGUGGCUAUGAGGAGGUCUACACCACCGUCAACGAGGAUGGCAGCAAGAGCAUCAAGACCAAGACUUUCUUUGAUGCCGUGCCCGAGGGUACUCCCUUCCCCGAUGCCGCCCAAUACAAACCCCAAGAUAACCAAAAACCCGGUGCCAAGAAGAAUGUUGUACGCAAGGCCUCCAUUGAGUCCACCGACUCCACUGACAGCCGUAAAUUGGUGCAAAAGACCCAGAAGAACACCUCCACCAUUGAAGAGUCUCGCCGUGUUACCCAAAACUAUGAAAUGACCGAAAACAACCGCACCGUUCGCAAGAACUCCGUUCAAACCGAGCAGUCCAUCAAAUCGGUGACCUCUUCCAAUCUCAACGACAACACCGACAGCGGCAAGAAGAAGAAGAUCGUCAAGAAGGUCAACAAGACCCAGGCUCCACCACCACCAGCUGAUUUUGUACAAAACGACACCACUUCCGUGUCCACCAAACAUGUGCCCGGUGGCGUUGAAUACACCUACACCACCCAGCUGGAAUCGGGCAAGACCAUCACCACUUCCAAGACUGUCUACGAAGAGGAGGAAUGUGAAUUGACCGAAGAGGAAAUCAAGGCCUACAAGAAGACCUUGAAGGAUGCUGAGAAGCACAAAAAUGUCACCACCACCAAGAAGUUGAAAUCGGAAUCUGGCACCAAGAAGGUUGUGCCUGGCGAGAAUCCCGGUGAUGUAACCACCGUUGAAACCAUCAAAAUCCAGGGUGGUACUGAAUACCAUUACACCACCGUUACCGCCGAUGGCAUUGUCAAGAAGGCUGUAAAGACUGUUUACGAUCCCGUCCCCUCCUCCAAUCCCGAUGAAUCGGAAGAGGAGGAAAUCAUUGAGGAAUAUGAAGAGGAAAUCAUUGAACCCGGCGAGAAGAAUGUCAAGACCAUUGAGACUAUCAAAACUUUGCCACAAAAGUUUGAAGAGGAAGUCACCAUCACCCAUGAAAAGAAGGAAAAAAAGACCAGGAAAACCAUGACCAUGGUCAGCCAAUAAACGCGGCCGUCAAUACUGCAGACGUCAACAAUCAAGUGUUGCCGUUUAAACCAUAUCAAAAUUAUAUUCUAAUCCUGUUUAGUCAUGUCAAAGAAACUCUAUCAAAUCUUUUACAAAAUUUAUUUUCUAAAUUGAAAUUUUAAUAAAAAAAAAUAUUUUUAUUUUUAAAUUAUUUAAAAAAAAAUAAUUUUUUUGGAUUUUGUUUUUUGUUAAUUUUAUUUUAAAUAUUUUUGUUUAAUUGUAUUGAAUAAAUAUAUAAAAACAAAUUAAAAAAA